CUGACCUGUCUGACCUAGAUGUGAACCCACACUUGAACCCGGUAACGGCCUUGACAUUUAUCGGGAAUUGAACCAUUUUCUCUCGAAGGCCAAGGGUCAAAUUGUGUUUUAGACGCAGCUUUCGUCCACGGUAGUGACGUGUAAUAACAGGAUGGGCUGCAAUCCUAUUCUCGGUGAACGUUGGAGAUGGUGAUGUGGUGUGUCCUUGUUUCUCCCUACCAUGAAUAAUCAGAUGGACAAAGCUAGGCAACCACACAAUGUAAACAUUAGCUGGUGAGGAAAACCACAUCAGAUGGAAAUAUGCCUUCAAGAAGAUAAACAUGAUAUGAAAAUAAGCUUUGAGUUAGUAUCCUUGAGACAACAGCACAAGGAGUAACAGUUUCCAAUACAUACAAACUUCAAAAGUCUGGAUAUAGGUGUGGGAAGAUCUGUAGAUGUGGUAAAUGCCAAUCGAUUCUGAUCAAAGAUGGGUGAGAACAUGAAUAUCAAGAUUGAAACUUUCGAAGCAAACAUUGAAGAUUUUAUGGGCAGCAGAGGAGGACCAGGACCUGCUCCUGAUGGUUGGCAAGCAGAAACGGCAUUGGACACGGAGAGGUUUCAUCACAACUUCUUCUCCUCUGGACAAGCUUCAUACAUCCUUUCAGAAGGACAUUACAGUUCAGAUCCAGGUGCAAGUGAAAAAAUUGAAAGUACUGAGGACAUUUCUGAGGAUUCUCAAGAUAAGGACUGGAAAGUAUCUUAUCUGGACUAUCAGGUUGACUCUGAUGAGGAGGAAAUUGAGACUGCUUCUGACAGAGAUCUGGACCCCGACUAUGACAAGAGUCCAGAUCCUGAUUGGGAUGAUGGUGACAGUUGGGACAGUGAUUACAAACAUGGAUCAAGAAGUGCAAAGAGGAAAAGGAGUUUUAGAGGAAGGGGGAGGGGGAGGGGAAGGAGCAGAGACAGCUGUCAAAGCAGGAUUGACAGACUCAAGUACAAUCUCAGAGAGGUAGAUGUUGUGAGCUUUGCAUCAAAUGUUAAGGGAGGAAAAGACAUCAGCAACCUUCAUUCUCUGGUAGCGAAAGGCAUGUUUGGACAAUAUAGGAAGCUACUCAGGCAGGAUGUUACUGAUAAGGUAAAGAAAGAAAGCGAUGAAACUCUGAAGAAGACAGUUAAGAAUGUUUUAAGUGGAAGAAACCUAUUGCCAUCUCUGUGCAGUUCAGAUAUUUCUGCAGCCACAGUCAAGUCAGUAGCCAACAUACUGCAUGAAGACAAUGCCUUGGAAGAGUCUGUUCAGUCAUCUGUGGUCAGUGGAUCUCAUCCAAGUGCAAGUCUGCUCCUCCAGUCAUUAAUCAGAACUGUUCAGGAUAAGGAUCCAGGAAAGAAUGACUUUCCUUUACAGUCAUCAAAUAGUAGCAUAACCAGUGUGGCAUCAGUUAGCACUGAUGGUGGCAAGCAGAAUCUGGAGGGACUCUCUGGGCGGUCGUUCCUCCUUCUGCAGCACCUUGCUCUGCAGGAACACCAGAAGAAACAACGAUUAGGCUCUUUUUUAUCUUUCACUCGUUUCCUUUCUCCAAAUGCAUACAGCUCCUCUAAUGGAGGCAGUGUGUUGAAGUCCAUGCUUACUGAAGAUCUAGGGUCUACAUCUGAUGCCACAAGUCAAAGAACUGAUACAACAUUGUUGAGGAAAAUGUUGGAGACAACUUAUGUUCCUCCUAAUGAAACAUCAUGUGAAGGAUCUGAGCUGUCAAAAUUCACUGAUGGAAAGACAGAAACGAAACGACCGCUCUCUUUGGAGACAUUUGAAGGCUACACUGUGUAUGUAGAUCAAGCAACAUCAGAUGAUGACGAUGGUGAUCUUGAUGAUGAUGACAAAGAUAGAAGUGAGUGCCAGCAGAUCCUUGAGGAGCCUGACCUGGAGAUGGUCAAUAUAAAGACUGAGCCUGUGUCUCCAAGGCGUAGGUAUACAGCAGCUGAGAGUUCUCCACAGAUCAUACCAAAUCCAAUAAUGCAGAUUAAGCCGGAACCUCUGUCACCCACGACAGGGGCUGAGGAUGACAGCUUAGCUACACAAGAAACAACAUCCAGGGAAUGUGAAGACUCUGAUUCAAUUUAUGAUCAAAACAUAAAAAUAAAGAAGGAGCCUGACCUUCAUUCAACUGAGGAAAGCAAAGAAGACGCGGAGGAUAGCCAUUCACAGCCUGAAGGAUUCCAACAAAACCACCAUGCCAGGUUAGAUUCAGCAGGGACUCACCAUGUGGAACAAUCAUCAGAUCUUGCACUUGGCAGCACAUUGGAAAUGAUGCAGGUCAAGUCUGAACCUAUCUCUCCAAUGUUACCAACACCACAAGAUCCUUGGACAAACAGCCGUCAUGGUGAUGCUUCACCAAAUAUAUCAAAGAAUAUUUCAAAAUUACAGUCUUCAGAUAUUCCUGACUUAAAUUUGCGCUCUUUGUUGGUGAAUGAUGAGACCACAUUAAAAUCAAUGCUUAAGCAAAGGACACAAUAUAGUGAUAAUCAGUCCACGAAAAAUGUAGAUUUUCAAAAUUUCUUGAAACCCAAACAGGGAAGACCACAUUAUGAGCAAACCCUAAGUCAAAAGAUAGCUGCUUUGAAGAAGGAGGUUACCUCUGAAGGUCAUACCAAUGGGCCAAGAGAUGACAGUGGAUCUGAAUUUGAAGUUUCAGCAUCAACAUUUCUGCAGUCUUUGAGCAGACUCUCUUCCUCCUCUUCUGGCAGUAAGGACACCAUUCUCCGCGGACUGAUGGAGGUUAAAGCUUCCACAAAUUUAGACAGUCCUAGUCAUUCAUAUAACACAAGACAUAAACGAAAACAUCAGGAUUUAUGCCUUCUUGGUGAAGACCAGGGUACUCCAUCAGUUAAACAGGAGAGUUCUGCCUCCAACUAUGAUCUCAGGGAUUCAGCAGAAGCGGUCCCACUGAACCAGUUUGAGUCACUGUCGCAGGCAAUAAAUCAUAAUAGAGCUAAUGUUGAUGGACUACGGGAGUUAGACAUGUGUGAAAGUCUGAGUCGGAACGUCAACUCUUGCAGCCAACAACUGCUCAACAUCAUCAAGAGUGUAGGAGCUUCAAAGGUUUCAGAGGAACCCAAGAAACAAAAUGUUACAAUUUUACAAUCUAUGCUGAAUUGUGUCAAUGAAGGAGAGAACUCUGAGCCAUUUGCAAAAACGCCAAAGAUGUCAGGACUUUUGGACACAACUACCAGUACAAUUGGAAUAGGAUCCACAAAUUUUCUAAGUCAGAGUCACAUUUCACCCCAAGUCGAAAGAAGCCAUUCCCAGGUCCGAGCUGCUAAACAGGUCAGUAAAUUCAGAAUGAUAAGACCCAAACCCUUUACUAUCGGAACUUCAACCCAAACACAAAUGGCAUCACUUAGGAUUGGCCUCAGGAAAAGGCGUAGCAGAUCUGCUGACAAGUCUUCCUUCCGUGAUGUUGGUUCAGGUGUAUCUGCUCUGCCAACAGAAUGUCCCUAUCAGUGUAGACUUUGUGGCAAUGCAUUUAGAUCUACAUCUCUCUUGGAAGAACACAUGCAUGUUCAUUUUGGGUCCAUGCCCUUUGGAUGCAGCAUCUGUCCACAGUCGUUCAUGAUGGCCAAGGAGCUGGAGGAGCACAUGAAGGUCCAUGUGAGCAAGCUGUCUCCUGCAGUAGUAUACAAGUGCACUGUGUGUGGAGAUGUGUUUGAUACUAAGAGGGAACAUAAUGAGCAUCGAAUUACCCAUGAGACCAUCCAACAGUUUCAGUUCAAAGACAGCAAGAAACAGCAAGGUUCACAGCAUGUUAAUGAUCAGGUUCACAAGUUGAAGGAUGUUCAUACAUGUAAACAAUGUGGGGAAGUUUUUCAGGAUAUUCACAAGUACGUCCUUCAUGUUGACCAACACAAUGGAUGGUAUAAGUGUGAGAAGUGUGACAAAGUGUUGGUGUCGAAGGAUGAAUUCCAGGGGCAUAUUCUCAACUGUUCGGGGCAGAACUACAUCUGUAGUGAGUGUGGAAAGUCCUUUAUGCGCAAGGUGGAGUUGAAUUACCACAUCAUGUUUCUGCACAAGCAACAGAGUGUGACGUGUGGAGUGUGUAGGGCGGUGUUCUGCUAUGAGUCCCACCUGGAGGAGCAUGAGCUGGAGCAGCAUUCCAGUGAACUCCAGAUGAUGUUGCAGGGGGAGUCCUCCCCACAGCCCAACACUGUGGGGGAUUUAUCCACGGAAAAUGGUUGCAAGAUAUCGGACAGUCUAUCUUUGUCUGUUCAGCGUUCCUCGGGGUCAAUGGCCAUCUCAGACUUCUCGGUUCAGUGUAUGUCGGAACCAGCUGAGUCAGAAGUGUUAACAAUAUCUGAUAGUGAGUAGUGGUAGCUUGUCAUGCAGUGAACUUGAUUCAGCUCCCAGCAUUGUAUACUUCAUGCUUGAAUGGGAUGAUUCAUCGAUAGUAUAAUAACUGGUAUAAUUUCUGUUGAGUGGGGAUGCAAACUUAUAUAUACUGGACUUCCCAUUAUUAUCUCUUGCGAUUUUAAAGAAAUCUAGAAAGUGCACCAGGGGAUUAUGACCAUUAUGAUCUAGGAUGACAAUGAUCAUGAGAGGUUUGACCAUGUUAUUGACCAAUAUUGACCAACUGUGUGGAUACCUGAUAGAGGUGUUGUUAACCUCGGCCCUGAUUCUAUCCAACUUCUUUCCAAGACUGACACAAGUUGAGGAAACAUGUAUUUCAAUUUGCAUUUAUUUUGUGUUCACAAGAAUCUAAUUGUAUCAUCGUGAUCAAUAUACUUCUGUCGUUUUAUGACGCAGUAGUCUGGUCAUGCUAUGAACUCUGGUAAUGGUAUUGUAAUAUCCUUACAAGUGGUUAGCACCUGGUUAAAUGACCAAAGAGAUAACUGCCAUGAUUACACUUAUUAUGGCUUUACUAGCUAUGUUGACUUUGCUGUAGGCAGUUUAGCAGUUUAGCAUGUUCAGGGCACAGUGGUAAAUGCCGCCACCAUAAGAGACAAAUGUUAUUGUAUUGGAAGUGGUGCUUGUCUGAUAUGUAACCAUGGUAAUGAUGGAAUGAUGUGGCAUAUUAGUUUUGAUUGUAUUACUAUGAUUGCUGGUAUCAAUCAUCAGUAUUAAUCAUUUGAUAAUCAAAAUUCCUCUCAUUUGUUCCAGUUGAUAUUGUUUUUCCCGGUGUUAUUGAAAUUGAUGAUGUUAAUGUGAUAUUUUUGAAGUUUUAUUGUCUAUAUAUCUAAUCUACACCUCAACUGUAUAUAAUGGCUACAAUGAACAGAUUCUUAAGUAUUUAUUUGACAACAAAUUGUCUCGGACAUGUUGAGCAGGACAGUAUAUUUUAGGACCUGCAUAUCAGUGUAGCAAGAGCUGUGUAUAGUGGGACCCAUCUUCCUGAGGCAAGGGCAUUAACUGACUAUAAAAGUCCAGUUUCCACCCUUGCCAAACUAGGCUGGACUAACAAGUCUAUGCAUAGUUCAAUCAAAAUCGCGCAACGAACUAGACAUUGAU